UGUGGAAUGGGCCAAAUGAAUUAGGGCCGGAGUGCGCGGAGGAAGAAAGGAGAGGAGGAAGGAGAGAAAGGCGGUUUCAGUUGGUUGAGUCCGUCACCACCGCGAAGCACCAUGUGGAGGUUAAGGUCACCUCGAAUCUCUCAUCUCGUUGGUAGAUUGAAUGAAAUUAAAGUAAGUGAUGUGAAGGUUCAGCACCGUCAUUGUUGUCAAACUCAAGUGUCGCCUCCUCCAUCGAGUUUGCAACAGACAGAAUAUGACCCUCCUGACACCGUAGUUCCGAGGAGUUAUAUUGGGGAAAACGUAUCCCGAAAAGAUAAGAACAAAUAUCUUUACUCUACACUUCUUGAACUCAACGACAGUAAGGAGGCUGUUUAUGGUGCUCUUGAUGCAUGGGUUGCGUGGGAGCAAAACUUCCCCGUCGCCUCAUUGAAAAGAAUAUUGAAUUCCCUUGAGAAGGAGCAGCAGUGGCAUAGGGUUGUGCAGGUAAUUAAAUGGAUGCUGAGCAAAGGGCAGGGGACGACAAUGGGAACGUAUGGUCAACUGAUACGAGCUUUAGAUAUGGACCAUAGAGUGGAAGAAGCCCACAAAUUCUGGGAAAUGAAAAUUGGUUCUGAUUUGCAUUCAGUUCCUUGGCAAUUAUGUCAUGUCAUGAUAUCUGUAUAUUACCGAAACAACAUGCUGGAAGAUCUUGUUAAGCUUUUCAAGGGGCUGGAAGCUUUUGAUCGAAAACCGCGGGAUAAAACUAUCAUUCAGAAAGUGGCAAAUGCAUAUGAGAUGUUAGGCUUAGUUAAAGAGAAAGAGAAGGUACUGGCAAAAUAUAGCCAUCUCUUCACAGAGGAAGGACCAACUAAACCGCAAAGAAGGAACUCAUUUGAGUCAAAGAAAGAUAUGCAUCAUACCUCAGAGAAACCACGUCAAAGGCAAUCUGUAAAUCCAUCGUCUGAGGAAAAGUAGAAGUCAGUAGUCUGAUACAUCGACGAAAUUGUUUGGUUAAGGUUAAAAGGGCUAUUCAUGGGAUAUUCUGAAGAAGCUGUUUGGUUUUUUGACAUGCGAUUCUGCUAAUUCUGUCGCGGGAAGAACAAAAACAUUCCCAGCUGGAUAUUACAUAUCAUGUGUACUAUUUUCUGAUGACUUUAUGGUAUUCUGAUAUGGUGUAAUUGGCCAAGUUCCACCAUGUUCAAAGAUAGAAGUUCGCCGCACCUUGGGGAAACGGAACCAAACUUAUGUCUGCACUAUGGACGUCAAAAGCUGUUCUAUGUUAUAAAGUAGAUACUUGUUUUUGUUUGGACAGGUUAAAUUUAGGGAAAAGAAAUGAGAAAAAAGCUGUUUCAA